UAAAGCCCCUUGUUUUCCUUGUUCUUCUUCGCCUUCGCUUCGGAGUUCGGUGAGAGAUUGAGAUAGGGAUGGCGGAAUCGGUGGAGCUCCCUAGUCGUCUUGCGAUUUUGCCCUUCAGGAACAAGGUUCUUCUGCCUGGAGCCAUCAUCCGCAUCCGCUGCACGUCGCCCAGCAGUGUGAAAUUGGUGGAGCAAGAAUUAUGGCAAAGGGAGGAGAAGGGAUUGAUCGGGGUCCUUCCAGUCAGGGAUUCUGAGGCGGUGUUGGUUGGCUCUGUGUUAUCUCCAGGCAUGGGGAAUGAUUCUGGAGAGCGGAGUCUGAAAGCUCCAACUGAGACAUUGCCAGAUUCCCACAAGCAAGAUGGCAAAAAUCAACAAGAACUUAUUCACUGGCACGACAGGGGAGUUGCUGCUAGAGCUCUACAUCUUUCUAGAGGUGUGGAAAAGCCAAGUGGAAGGGUGACAUAUAUAGUUGUUCUUGAAGGCUUAUGCAGAUUUAGUGUUCAAGAUCUGAGUGCAAGAGGCACAUACUAUGUUGCACGUAUCUCACGUCUUGAUAUGACAAAAGCUGAGCUGGAACAAGCAGAACAUGACCCUGAUCUGAUUUCGCUAUCUCGCCAAUUUAAAGCGACUGCCAUGGAGUUAAUCUCUGUUCUUGAGCAGAAGCAGAAAACCGUUGGUCGAACAAAGGUCCUUCUUGAGACAGUUCCUGUUCACAGGCUAGCAGAUAUUUUUGUUGCUAGCUUUGAAAUAAGCUUUGAAGAGCAGCUCUCUAUGUUAGAUUCAGUUGACUUAAAAGUCCGGCUCUCAAAGGCUACUGAAUUGGUGGAGAGGCAUUUGCAGUCCAUCCGAGUGGCAGAGAAGAUUACCCAGAAGGUCGAGGGCCAAUUAUCCAAAUCACAGAAAGAAUUUCUUUUACGCCAACAGAUGAGGGCCAUAAAAGAGGAACUUGGGGACAAUGAUGAUGAUGAGGACGAUCUAGUUGCAUUGGAGCGAAAAAUGCAGAGUGCAGGAAUGCCUCCUAAUAUUUGGAAGCAUGCCCAAAGAGAAUUACGGCGUCUGAGGAAGAUGCAACCUCAGCAACCUGGGUAUAGUAGUUCACGAGGAUACUUAGAACUUCUUGCUGAUCUUCCUUGGCAAAAGGUUAGUGAAGAGAAUGAACUUGACCUAAGAGCAGCCAAAGAACGAUUGGACAGUGAUCAUUAUGGUUUGGUCAAAGUUAAGCAACGGAUUAUUGAAUAUUUGGCUGUACGCAAGCUCAAGCCAGAUGCUAGAGGUCCGGUGCUUUGUUUUGUGGGCCCACCUGGUGUUGGAAAGACAUCAUUAGCAUCUUCAAUUGCAGCCGCCUUAAACAGAAAGUUUGUACGGAUAUCUCUUGGUGGUGUCAAGGAUGAAGCUGACAUCAGAGGCCACCGAAGGACAUACAUUGGGAGCAUGCCCGGGCGUCUUAUUGAUGGCUUGAAGAGAGUUGCUGUUAGCAAUCCAGUUAUGCUGCUUGAUGAGAUUGACAAAACAGGCUCUGAUGUCCGUGGAGAUCCAGCAUCUGCGCUAUUGGAGGUGCUCGAUCCAGAGCAGAACAAAACAUUCAAUGACCACUAUUUGAAUGUGCCUUUUGAUCUAUCAAAGGUUAUUUUUGUUGCUACUGCAAAUAGGAUUCAACCUAUUCCUCCACCAUUGUUGGAUCGAAUGGAAGUUAUUGAACUACCUGGGUAUACUCCCGAAGAAAAGCUGAAGAUAGCCAUGAAACAUUUGAUACCACGUGUCUUGGAUCAACAUGGGUUAAGCUCCGAUUACCUGCAAAUCCCUGAGGACAUUGUUAAGCUUGUAAUUCAACGAUAUACUAGAGAAGCUGGUGUGCGAAAUCUUGAGAGAAGUUUAGCUGCCCUUGCUCGUGAUGCGGCGGUCAAGGUUGCAGGGCAAGAAACAAUUCAGCUUAGCAAAGGUGUAAAUCCAAUUGCAGCUCCACUGCUGGACACAAGGCUUUCUGAUGGGGCUGAAGUCGAAAUGGAAGUUAUUCCUAUGGGUGUUAAUGGCAAUGAAAUCUCAAAUGCUCUUAGAAGCACCUCAGCAUUAGUUGUGGAUGAGGCUAUGCUGGAAAAAGUGUUAGGGCCUCCGCGGUUUGAUGAUAGAGAAACAGCUGAACGUGUGGCAACUCCUGGGGUAUCAGUUGGACUUGUAUGGACAUCCUUUGGCGGCGAAGUUCAAUUUGUCGAGGCCACAACAAUGGUGGGCAAGGGUGAUUUGCAUCUCACUGGGCAACUUGGUGAUGUUAUUAAAGAAUCGGCACAAAUAGCUCUGACAUGGGUAAGAGCAAGAGCAGCAGACCUGAAGCUGGCCUCUCCUAAUGAAAUUAAUUUAUUGGAAAACCGAGACAUUCAUAUACAUUUUCCUGCUGGAGCUGUGCCGAAAGAUGGACCUUCAGCUGGAGUUACUUUAGUAACAUCAUUAGUAUCAUUGUUCAGUCAAAGAAAAGUUCGAGCAGACACUGCUAUGACCGGAGAGAUGACUCUCAGAGGACUUGUGUUACCUGUUGGCGGUAUCAAGGAUAAGGUAUUAGCAGCACAUCGAUACGGGAUCAAGAGGGUGAUCCUGCCAGAGCGGAACUUGAAGGAUUUGGUCGAAGUUCCACCGGCAAUUCUAUCUGGCAUGGAGAUUUUGCUUGCCAAGAGAAUGGAAGAUGUAUUAGAGCAAGCUUUCGAAGAUGGAUGUCCAUGGAAACACCGACGGUCGAAGUUAUAGCAUUUUUUACUCUUCCAAUUAUUCCACAUUAUCAUAACAAAUACACGCGUCGAACCUGAUAACUACAACUGGAGAAACAUGAUCGGAGAAUGCUCAAUUCUCAUGCUUGUACUUGCUUACUUUCUCCUUCGGCAUUUGAUCAUCAACACGUUUGAUCCUGUUCCAUAAUGAGUUGGAGUAUAUACAGUGAUGAAUUGUAUAUUAUUAUGAUGAUGAACACAAAGCAUGGGCUGGUUUUUCUUGAUACAUAUAUUUAUAGUGACCAUACGGUUGUUCGGAAACAGUGUUCAUACCUGUUCGUUGGUCUGCAUUUCAAUCUGGUUGAUAGGAUGAUCUGUGUGGAUUGUAUAAUGUUUUUGAGGGUUUUUAAUGUAUGAGCCCUUGCAAACCCA